CGCAUAUUCUCCACGAGGAUGUAAGGGCCUGGAACGGAAUUGGUAGCCCUCUUCUCAGUGUCAAAUUUUAGGCACAUCAUGGCGGUCGGCAAGAACAAGCGACUGUCUAAAGGAAAAAAGGGAACUAAAAAGAAGAUUAUUGACCCUUUCGUGAAAAAGGAUUGGUAUGAUGUCAAGGCUCCCGCACUUUUUGCCAACAGAAACCUUGGCAAAACCCCAGUGACAAGGACCCAAGGGACAAAGAUUGCAUCAGAUGGACUAAAAGGUAGAGUUUUUGAAAUCAGCCAAGCAGAUUUACAGUCAGAUGAAACUUCAGCUUUCCGAAAAUUCAAGCUUAUUGUUGAAGAUAUACAAGGACGCCACUGCUUGACAAACUUCCAUGGUGUCAAUAUGACAACUGAUAAACUCCGAUCACUUGUCAAGAAAUGGCAGACAAUGAUUGAAGCUCAUAUUGAUGUGAAGACAACAGAUGGAUAUCUCUUGAGAGUAUUUUGUAUUGGAUUCACCAAAAAGAGAAUGAACCAAAUCAAAAAAACAUGUUAUGCUAAAUCAAGUCAGGUUCGUGCCAUUCGUAAGAAGAUGGUUGACAUUAUUUCAAAGGAAGUAACCUCAAAUGAUCUGAAGGAAGUUGUCAAAAAGCUGAUCCCAGACAGCAUGAGCAAAGAAAUUGAAAAGUCAUGCCAGUCAAUUUAUCCAAUCCAUGAAGUCUAUAUUCGCAAAGUCAAAUGUCUCAAAAAGCCAAAGUUUGACUUUGGCCGAUUGAUGGAAAUGCAUGGGGAGGGAGCCACUGUCACAACCACAACCGAGGGAGCAGGAGAUGCAGGCACUAAAAUUGUUAGAGAUUCUUUUGAGCCACCUGUACAAGAAGAAGUAUGAAAUGGAAAUCAUGUUGUAUUGAAAUGAAAUAGCCUUGACAAA